AUAAUAAAUCCUGAGUUUUACACUGGGCUUGGCCUUGGGUCGGGCGAAAGAAUGCAGGUCAUCAGAAUCAAGGCCUGACUUGUGAAACAAUAUGCAUAUAGAGAGAGAAGUGAAAGCUGAUUGUUUUCUGCCAAAACUCCCACUGGAGCCGCCGGUGGACCGAUCAACCUUCUUUCCGAAUGUUGGUAAAUCCUCCCACACCAUUGUUUCUCUGGAAAACCACCGUAAGAUAAAAAAAACCCCUAAAGGUUGAAACUGCGCCCUGUAACCCACCUCAAAUAUUUGGUAUCUCCGUCGCCGUUCAAACAGGCUAGAAGCUUCCCGACUGGCCUAGACCUUAAGCAACCCUUUCUCGCCGUCAAUCUCACGGUGAAACCCAAGGAAUUUGAGGGGUUUGCAGAAAUGGAGGAAACGAUACCGUUUAAGAAUCUUCAUAGCAGAGAGUAUCAAGGUCACAAGAAGAAGGUGCAUUCGGUAGCUUGGAAUUGUACUGGCACGAAGCUUGCUUCUGGUUCUGUUGACCAAACAGCUCGUGUUUGGCUCAUUGAGCCUCACGGCCAUGGUAAAAUUAAAGACAUUGAAUUGAAGGGACAUACUGAUAGUGUGGAUCAGCUUUGUUGGGACCCCAAGCACACUGAUCUGAUAGCGACUGCAUCAGGUGACAAGACGGUUCGUCUGUGGGAUGCUCGUAGUGGAAAAUGCUCUCAGCAGGCAGAACUUAGUGGGGAGAAUAUAAACAUCACCUAUAGACCUGAUGGAACCCAUGUAGCUGUUGGGAACAGGGAUGAUGAACUGACAAUACUGGAUGUUCGCAAAUUUAAGCCAAUUCAUAGGCGCAAGUUCAAUUAUGAGGUAAAUGAGAUUGCUUGGAAUAUGACAGGAGAGAUGUUCCUUUUGACAACUGGGAAUGGUACUGUUGAAGUGCUAGCAUACCCAUCUCUUCGACCACUUGACACAGUUGUAGCUCAUACAGCUGGUUGCUACUGCAUUGCAAUAGAUCCAAAGGGAAGAUACUUUGCAGUUGGAAGUGCUGAUUCCUUAGUUAGCCUUUGGGAUAUCUCAGAGAUGCUUUGUGUCCGAACAUUUACGAAGCUAGAAUGGCCUGUCAGGACAAUAAGCUUCAACCACACGGGAGAUUAUAUCGCAUCUGCUAGCGAAGACUUGUUCGUUGAUAUAUCCAAUGUUCAUACUGGACGCUCCUUGCAUCAAAUCCCAUGUAAAGCUGCCAUGAAUAGUGUUGAGUGGAAUCCUAAGUACAAUUUGCUUGCAUAUGCUGGGGAUGAUAAGACCAAAUAUCAGACUGAUGAAGGUGUUUUUCGAAUAUUUGGCUUUGAGAAUCCCUAAAUUAUACCAGAGCUUGGGCUAGCAUCAUGUUGUAACAUCAGAAUUAUUGGUCUCCUUUUGUUCGAUUGGCUUUUGAUUUUUUUUGGGUACAAAAAAAAAAUUUUUGAAGUCAAGAGGUGCCAGGGAUUUGCCUUAAAUUGUUUGCUUUAAAUUAUGUCCUUAUUAUGUUUGAUCUUGUUCAUGAAAUAUGAAUUUAUGUUUUGUUUUAAAUUAUUUCCUUGUUAUA